AUGGAUAGAUACUGCUUAGCUCUCUUCCUGCUUGUCCUGGCUUUGACUCAGCCUCAUGUUGAUGGUUUGAACAGUGAGAACCUCUGCAGACAGUGUUCCAAACGAGACACAAAUAAAUGUCCUGCAAGUGAUGCCUACCCCCAUAUGACAGCAUUUGAUGACACCCUUAUUGCAGGAGCCUUACAGUCUGAUUAUGUGGAUGCAAAUGACAGAGCUGUUUACUCAGUACCAAACAUUAUAGGUGGAACAUCUUCAAAGUACAAUGCUUAUUUUGGCUGGGAAUCUACUUCUGGUUCAGCUUCCGACUAUCAUAGGUUUAGAAACUACAUGGAUAGAUGCUCAGGCGGACAAAGCUAUCUAACUGCAGACAAGAAGGGCAAGGUUAGCCUUCGUUCCUUGAAGUCACUGGAAAGCUUAGCAGAGGCUGAUUGGAAACCCAUCAAUCCACCAAAGAGGCUAAACCACCGAGAAUUCAGAUUUUGGGUGAAUCGUAGAACAGGGAAAUGCCUUACAGUUUUUGAAGAGAAGAAAGAUAAAAGAACUGUGGGUGUAUCGGAGUGCAAGUUUGAUGGCUCCAACACUUACCAGCUCUUUGCCUUUCGCUUCCACUAUCACAAAGCCUUCUGCUGUUGUGGUGUUCACAACGAGUGA